UUGACCAACUAGCAAGAUACAUUCCACGCGCAUAUUCAACCAUAUGUAUAUAAACGCACUAUGUAAACGAUUUCUUGACUUUGUUGAAUGUUAAAGUCGAAGUGAACGCUUUCUUGUUAAAGCAACAGAUGGCAAACGAAGAGAACCAACAAGCUUGUGUUAACGAAACCAAGAAGUCGCCUUUGCAAAUACCACAAGUUUUCAACCGCCUUGUUCAAUUACCGAUUGUAAAAUCUACUUGUGAAAAGGUUUCCGGGAUGUACGAGCGUACGAAGGAAUAUAGUUUGCUUUCAAUGGUCGGGUUAAGCGCUGCAGAAGUAUCGAUAAACGCAGUUAUGGUCGCUGCCAAGGUGACAUAUACUUCUUUGCCCUCCUCUGGAGUGAUGGGGAAAGUGAAAGAGGGUUUCGAAGAAAAAGUUUUCCAAGCUGAUUCAAUGGCCUGUGAUGGACUGACAUUCCUGGAGAACAAAUGGCCUAUCAUAAAGGACAACACAGAACAAGUUAUAGCAAUCGGUGCUAAGAAAUUGGAGCAGUCAGAUAUUGCGGAAGUGUUACUCACUGUUACAGAAGCAGCAAUUGAGUACUUCGUCCCACCCAAAGAGAAGUGUAUAGAAGAGGGAGCUGCUGAAUCUCCGGUUUGUCAAAGCAAAGUCGACCGAAUCCGGGAGAUCGUUAAUGUGAUCAAGAGUGAGGGGGAAAAGGUAAUAAUGCGGGCAGCCUCGGUUCCAGGUCGAGUCACUGUGGCUGCGAUUGAUAGCGCCAAAGCUGUGGCCACGUGGUCAUGGGGCAUCCCUCAAAUCUUGCUGCAGAAGGUUACGGUAAUGGAAAGAAUGGUCAGAGCCCUCUGGGACGUCUGGAAUGCUACAAAACGGAAAACGUUUUUUUUCUUGCCAUCAUUCCUCGGAGGAGGGGAAGGGAAGGAGCGGCUUGGACGAAGGAAAAACCCAACAAGAUCCACUCGCUACAAACCUAAAGCAGAAUAUUCGCGAAUCAUCGAUGCUUCACAACCCUUUCCGGUUUCACCCGAGCGGAAGCGAAGGUACGACAGAGAAGACGAGGACAAUACCUCGAUAGUGGAGCUUAUACACGUCAGUGAGGAUUACAUUUCCGAUGAAGAUCCCGACUACGUUCCGGAUAAAGCCGACCUUGAGUCAUCGGAAGACGAAGAGGAUGACGACGAAGAUGAUGACGAGGAUGAGGACAAAAAAAACGAAGAAGGUGACAGUGAUGAAACAGAGACGGUCGAAAACACUGAAUCUAAGAAAAGUCCCCCCGAAAACGAAGAGAAAACAAACCCAAAAGAGUCAAAAGAGACCGGGAAAGAAGGGGAAAAAGAGCGAAACGGCGAGGUCAAGAAGACGCAUAAGAAAAACAUUUCUGUCCAAGAUAAGAAGAAAACAGAAAGCAAGGUUGGUGAACCUAACAAUAGCCACAAAAACGAUGGAAAGGAGGUUGAUGACAAGGAACGUGAUUUACAAGAGAAAGAUGCAAAGAUGGCGGCUAAAAGAGGCGAAAAAUCAGGAAGUCCUCGUAAAGUUGAAGGCAGAAUCGUUAUGUAAGACUGAUUACAUCUUUGUAACAUUCCUUACAACUGACUCCUACGAUGUUUCUAUUUCUAGUUACAAGGAAUGCUUUUUGGAGACGUGUAAUUCUUGUAUUUAUCAUUUUUGUCCGCGAAAAUAGCAUAAUACUACUGGGAUGUAACGUCACGAUCCUCAAAGGAGCUUUCUCGAAAUGAUUAUCUCGUCAGAAGCAAGUCAUGAUCUCCAUUUUAAGUGUAAGAUAAAUGACAGUUGCAGCCAAGAAAGAACAGCCUUUGAGAAGUGUGUGUUUCCAUUUAAGGAAAAUGAAAAGUAUUAUA